CACCAGGGCGCUUUCGCGUCUUGAACCCGAGCCUAUUACCGGACAGUAUUGAGGAGCUUGACAAGAUAUGCAGCUUGGCAAUUUGCGGUCGUGGUUGGAGUGGGUCAUGGACGCGCUCAGUCGAAGUGUCGGGGCCGAAGGUGGACGCGGUCCGCGAUUCUGGUUCGCAUCCCUCAAAUGGAAUGGUUCCAUGCUUGUCUUGCAACAUCAACGGAUACCACUUGAGCAGUAGUGUCAAACGCAUAAGCCAUGGCCCCACGCCCCCACGUUCUGGCGAGCGCCCUGAUUCCUGAAUCCAAACUGCCGCCUCACUUUUGCAAACGCCGUUUGCGAACAUGCAUUCAUCUUUAUCAUAAACACAGUAAGAUGCAUUACUGAAGCAUUGCGAUCGCAUAGAAGCAUCUGCACUUGAUCGACAGACGGUGGAUUCGUCGACAGACGGCACCUCCCCCUACUGGUGCUCGUAAGAUCGGUUUUCAACAGUGCGAAGCUAUGCCAAGAAUGCACAUCUAGAAGACAGCAAAUGCGGGCGUCCAGUUGCUGCUGCGGGAGCGAGAAGCGCAGGCGCGAUGGUCCUCAUGCUCGGUCUUUCAGCUGCUUGUGGUGGAUGCCCAUCACAAUCUGUGGACUUCUAGCUUUGCUUCCACCCAUUAACGCAGCCGUCGACGAGCGGUGGCUAGUUGGCACGGUUACGGUCCAGCAAGGCCGUGCGGGACGCACCGUCUGGUUGCAGACAGUCAACGUAACGCAAGCAGCGCUGUGGGUGCUGGACCUGUCGUUGAUUGGGGAAACCCACUUCUCCACGGGUGAGGACGUGGCGGUCCAUGGGCUAUGCGAUGCAACCCGCUACAUAGUGGUCGUGGACAGCUACGUCGCCAAGACCUACACACUGUCCGCCGACCCCCUCCACUCCUGGACGGGGUCACUGCAAGGCGUGAGUGUGGCGCGACCCACAUCGCCACCGCCACCGUCGCCAUCCCCCCCGCCGCCCGUGGUGUUUCCCGGUGACGGCGGCGAAGAUGACGUCGCAGCGCUACGCAGGUCGCCCCCGCCGCUGGUGGACCGGGGGAGGCGCAAGUCGCCGCCGCUGCUGCCUCCCGCACCCCCCUCGCCGUCACCGCCCAGCCCGCCAUCGCCGCCGCCCAGGCCCCCGCCGCCGCGCCGGCGGUCCAAGAUGCCGCCGCCGCCACAAAACCAUCCGCGAUCGUCAACACCGCCGGCGCCCUCUCCACCACCGCCCUCGCCUCGCCCGCCGCGGCCUCCGCCGCGGCCGCGACCCCAGCCUCCUUCGCAGCACCCUCCCUCUCCGUCCCCGCCCUUGCCCUCGGCGCCCUCUCCUUCGCCCCCGGCACCGCCCCCGGCGCCUUCGGAUGCCACUCGCUUCAGCCUACUGGCGGUGGUGGUGUCGCUGUGUGGGCGCCAGCCCGCAGUCCGGCCCGACACGCUGCAGGGAUACCUGCUGGGACCGGCACGCACCACGCUGCAGUCCUACACGACCGCUGUCAGCAACGGCAUGGGCUACCUGGACCCGUCGGCUGUGGCGGUGGCGCCCGGCGUGGUUGACGUGCCCUGCUCUGGCUUCAGCUCAGGGGGGCCUUGGGGCACUGGCAGCUGCGGCCCGCUAGAUCAGCAGGGCUGGUCGGAAUACGUCGUGGCGGCGGUGGCGGCGCGCUGGGGGCUGCCAACGGGGAAGUACGGCCGGUUGAUGCUGGUGCUGCCGCCCGGCAAUGCCUGCGGCGUGGUGUCGUGGGGCACCCAGAGCUGCGCGCCCGACUUCAUCGGUUGGCCGCUCAGCCGCUGCUACGUCAUAUGGACCGCGACCGGGAACUUUUGGCCGUACUGGAACGUCAUGCACGAGAUGCUGCACAACAAGGGUCUGUUCCACAGCAUUCGCGACAACUCCACCGACCCCUACGGCGACGGCUCCUGCAUCAUGGGCUCAGGCUACAACACCUGUCUCAACGUGGCUCAGAUGGCGCGACUGAACUGGGCCACCCCCCUAGCCACCCUGGGCACGCCCGCCCUGCCCGCCAACGCCUGGCAACGCUACAGCCUGCCGGCACACAACAGGCUCCUAGCCAACCACAUCCGCAUCAACCCAGGCUGGCUGGCGCCGUCGCCCCUGGCUGACCCCAACGCGGGCGCGUUGUUCGUGAGCUACCGCGUGCGGUCGCCGUCGGGGUGCGACACGGGCCUGGACGACCGCUUCCACGGGCGCGUGCAGCUGCACAGCUACAUAGACACGCUGCCGCUGGGCUCGCCCUGGCGCGGAAACGUCACUGUGCUGGUGGCGAAUGUGGGCCCGCGCCAGCUCUGGCCGCCGGCUGGCCGCCGCAACCUGGGUCCCUCGAGUCUGCAGCUGGCGCUGCGAGUGGUUUCCAGGAGCCCGCUCACAGACGCCGUGCCGCGUGUGACGUUGGAGUUGUGCAGGUACACGCGGGUCACGGAGUGCGUGUAAGCACAUGUGGCUGUCACCGUUGACGAGCAGCUAGGUUGGCAUGCAGCGGGAGGCGGCGCCAGAUAGCGGGCCUUUCAAAGGUGUCAUACUAUACAUGGAGAAUUUCUACUUAAAGGCACUUGCACUUCAAUGCACUGGCACUUCAACGAACUUGCACUACAACGCACUUGCACUUCAGCACUUUUGCGCUCUUGCUACUUCUACUCGGGAACCCUUGCUUAGUGGCUGGAGAGUUACUGUACAUACCGGUAAGCGAGCAUACGCAGCACAUACCGUGACCAGUCCCGAUACCGUGUCACUGCUUUCUGAUGCGUGCAAGAACGGCAGCAGCACAUGGAAUGAGUGUGGGCAAACGGUGGCGGGGGACACUCUCGAAGAUACCCCUCAAACAUUUGUAUGAAUGGGAUACCUUAUGAAUAGCGUUGUACUUGAUGCAUGAAGUUACACUCAGUAGCUUGCGCGGCGCCAGCGUACUGUGAUGCAGUUGGCCCGCGGCAAGUAGCACACGGCGUGCCGGGAAGAUUUUAGGCAUGAAGAUAUUCAGGGUCCCAGUGCACGGGGUACUGGUUACCGACGACCUGCUUACUGGACCGGAUGUUGGUAUAUCAGUAAUCGGAGGCAGCGCGUGUAGUGAUUGCGUGCUGGAGUUGGGGUUGACAACUUGACAUGUAGGUCGCUUAGUCCGGGCAAGUGCCAGUCAUUGCUCUGGUGCGUUUCGUUCAGUGGGAUAACGGAGUGUGACGGCUUAAUUGCGCAGUAAAUGCCUUCGUCCGGAUGACAGGCUGCAAUAUUAAGUUGUAGGCGGGUUCUUGCUGCUGGCGUGUGCCUUGACAACAGGCGAUACGGAACGCGUGGUGGCACAGCUUGAGGCGGUUUGUGGGGCGCUGGCAUUAAACAGAGCUUCUGCCUUUGUGGCAAGGCGCCCGAGUGAGUGCACGUCAAGGUGCAGAUAGGUAUGAGACAACCAGCCACGUGGCCACCCGGCACUCGGCACUAAGCAUAAAGGCGCACACGCCAUGAAUGAAGGGAGCCACGUGCUCACUGUAACGUUGGAUGGGCUACAGCACGCGUUGGGGUCAGGCAGGGCGUGUAUGGGCGAAGCGAGGGCAGGCGGGUGUUGCGCCACUAUGAACAGGCGUCACUAGUGGCGUGACGUGGAGAUAGAUGUUGGUCAUUCAUGCAUUCGUGUGUGGUGGGUGUGGCAUCCGCCCUUCGUCGAUAGCUUUUACGUAUGGGCGUCUCAGACCCUGCAAAAUUGAGCAAUCCAGCGCAUCCUGGCCUCUGGCUGUCAUGCUAUCGACUGGACAGCACCUUUAAGGUUAACA